AUGUUUGCUACAAGGAACCUCGUCAACCCCGCCCGCCAAUGCCUGCGAACAACACGUGUGGCUCCGAGCCUCGCAGCUCCUCGUCUGCAGCUCCGCUGCUAUUCCGCUGCUGCCGACGAGCGUGUCGCUAAGUUCAAGGGACAGAAGGACUCUGAUGGAAAGUACAUGGUCACCUUGAUCGAGGGUGAUGGUAUCGGCCCCGAGAUCUCGCAGUCCGUCAAGGACAUCUUCUCCGCCGCAAAUGCACCGGUCAAGUGGGAGUCCGUCGAUGUCACCCCCAUCUUGAAGGAUGGCAAGACCGCCAUUCCCGAUGCUGCCAUUGAGAGUGUCCGCAAGAACUACGUCGCGCUCAAGGGUCCCCUUGCCACUCCCGUUGGAAAGGGCCACGUUUCUCUGAACCUUACCCUUCGUCGUACCUUCAACCUUUUCGCCAACCUGCGUCCCUGCCGCUCGGUCGCUGGCUACAAGACCCCCUACGACAACGUUGAUACCGUGCUGAUCCGUGAGAACACCGAGGGUGAAUACUCUGGCAUUGAGCACGUUGUUGUCGAUGGUGUCGUCCAGAGCAUCAAGCUCAUCACCCGGGAGGCUUCUGAGCGCGUCCUGCGCUUCGCCUUCCAGUACGCUCGUUCUAUCAACAAGAAGAAGGUCAGUGUCGUGCACAAGGCUACCAUCAUGAAGAUGUCCGACGGUCUUUUCUUGAACACUGCCCGUGAAGUCGCCAAGGACUUCCCCGACGUCGAAUUCGAUGCUGAGCUGCUGGACAACUCUUGCUUGAAGAUCACGACCGACCCUACUCCUUACAACGACAAGGUCCUCGUCAUGCCCAACCUGUACGGUGACAUUCUUUCCGACAUGUGCGCCGGUCUGAUCGGUGGUCUCGGUCUGACCCCCUCCGGUAACAUUGGUGACGAGUGCUCAAUCUUCGAGGCUGUCCACGGUUCCGCCCCCGACAUUGCUGGCAAGGGUCUUGCCAACCCCACUGCUCUGCUUCUCAGCUCUAUCAUGAUGCUGCAGCACAUGGGUCUCACCGAGCACGCUGGUCGCAUCCAGAAUGCGAUCUUCGGUACCCUCGCUGAGGGCAAGGCUCUCACUGGUGACUUGGGUGGUAAGGCUAAGACCCACGAGUAUGCUGAUGCCAUCAUCAAGCGCCUGUAA